AUGGCGAAUGUACCUCCUACCCACAUGGGACUAGAGUUCAAUCUCAAGGAUGAGGACCAAGUAGGCAAGCCUUCACCAAUUGUUGGCGUCCCCCACGAGUCCCCUCCACGCCCGGGCUUGAAGCUAUGCGAAAUAUGCGGAGAAGACAUUCCGUACGCCUACUUCAACCGACUGUCAUGCGGACACAUGCACUGCGUCAACUGUGUCCGAAGCAACGCCCAUAUGGCAUACCAGUCGAACCCAUUCGCCCCGGCAAAGUGUUGUGCGCUAAUUGCCAAUAAUACCCUCAAACACUGCGGGGUCUUCUCUACGAAGGAGUUGAAGACGUACAUCGACAAAAUUGAGGAGUACACUACCCCAGGCCGUAAGCUCUACUGUCAUGACAAGCAGUGCAGCGCUUUCAUCCCUGCUUCCUACCGCGGUACGCGCGCUGGAAAGUGCAAGAAGUGUGGCCUGAACACCUGCAAGACGUGCGCUCAGAAGUCGCACUUCGGCCCCUGCAAACAGGAAGACGUGGACGCACUUGGCCCCGACGACCCCCUCCACAACCUCGCAAACUCCCAGGGUUGGAAACAGUGUCCUAACUGCCGGGUUAUCGUCGAGCGAGGAGAGGGGUGCACUCACAUGACCUGCAUAUGCGGUCAGAAGUUUUGCUACCGAUGUGGUCUAGCACUGGGAAAAGAUGGGUUUGACCAUGAUCAGUGGGAGUGUCCCAGAUCGGUGUUGGGAGGACCGAAUAUUCGCUAA